AUGACGCGGCGAGGUGAACUAUCAACCCCUGCAAUUUUUCUGGCCAAGAUCGACGAAGUGCUGGUGCUGUGGGACGAAGGAUCGCAAUUGCUGGUCAAGGAUGGCUCCCUGGAGCGCCUCAUGCGACUGAGAACGCCGGUGAAAUGCGCAAGAUCGAGGCAGGAAGGCGUGAUUGUGGCGCUGCCGGCAGAACUCGACAGUUUGACCAGCAAGUGCGUGGCCGUGAUCGUGUCCCGUGCAGUUGGCGCAGCUGCCGAGAAGCUCCGUGUCCGCGGUGCUGCUGUGCUUGUUGCUCCGUACCUUGGUCGCAGACUCCUGCUUCAAGACAAGACAAGACAAGAGGGCAUCGACGUCGCGAGGAAGGGCGCCGCUGGCUGUCCUUGCCUGCUCUUGUGUCGUGAGCACAGCACGCCAGCUACAAACCCAUUGCGGGCAGAAUCAGUGUGGCUUUGCGCUCGUCUCUGCGAUCCGAGGCUGGCUGGAUCCGCGGGAGGGUUCGUCUGCGACUCGAGCGUCGCUGUUGAUGCUGAGGCAGACAAGCUGAGUGCGCUCCGACGCUCUGACGUCACGAGCAGGAGAUGGAUGGGCUGUCGUCUCUACAAGAACACGCCGUCGUGCUGGGUGGCUGCUCCAGGUGACGUGGGCAUAGGUGCAAGUCAAUCGGCUACAGCGUUCCAGAGCGGAGAUGGCGACAGCGUUCAAGUGUGGCUCAAGAUUGCGCGGUCGACCGGUCUCCGACUGUCGAAGGUGGAUGCACUGGCUGUGGAAACGAGUGCUGCAAGAGAAGCUCCGGUUGGGCUCAAGCUGGAUGCCGCCUUGGCGGCAUCUGCUGCAGACUUCUCGAGCACGAACGCACCAGAACGGUUGUUGUGGAAGCACCGACGCGAAGGAGCAGACGGGGGGAAACUUCGAGCUGCCGUGUUCGCCCAUGCCUCGCAGACGAUUUUCCUGUUGCAGAAGUUCUGCCGUGUUGACCACGCUGCUGUCACGGCCCCUGAGCUUGACCCCUGUGCGACUCCUAUCGGCGCCUCUAUCGACAGGAAGCCUCAAGUGCGCGAGAUUCUGGAUUUGCUGGAGAAGCGCCUGCUGAAGGCAUGGUACGGAAGUACUCAACUGCUCGUGAUGGCAUAG